AUGCCUUCAUUAUUUAAUUAUUUGUUAAUAAAAAUCAGAAGACAACAACAACAACAUUCCUCAUUAUUUUUAAUUUUUAUUUAUUUAAUUAUUUUUUGUUCUACCCCAUUAAAAUCUCAAAAUAUUACCUUCAACAACAAUACUGGUUUAAUUGAAAGUGAAGAUGAUUGUUUAUCUCCUAUAAAAAUUGGUCUUCUUUUGCCUGAACAAUACAGACAGAGAAUUGACCCUUGGCUGUCACUUUCUUUAAAGCAUUUACAUCAGAUUUUGAAAAAUUCACCGUUGGCUUUGGCCUCUCAUUGUUUACAAUUGGCGCCAAAAGACACUGCUUGUAAAACUUCUUUGGGUAUGAAAGCCCUUUUUGAUUUAAUGGGUCCACAAGAAUCUGGAGGAAAAGUGGUUGCGCUAUUUGGGGAUAUUUGCACUGAUGUUAAUGAACCUGUGGCAAUGGCAGCAAAGAGUUGGAAUAUUGUACAUCUUUCAUUUACUGAAACACAUGCAAAAUUUGGAACGGCUGAUUCUAAAGAGGUUUUAUGGGUCGAAAAUUAA